CCGGCCCGCCCCGCAGCCUGCACCCUGCCGCCCCCGGCUCCGGGCCUGGGCCCCCGCCGGAUUCGGCCCGCCUCGGGCGGGGGGCCCCGGCCCGGCCCAGUCAAACCGCCACCCCGAGGAUGCGCAGGCCGCAGUAGGCCCCAGGCGUCCUGGCGGGCUCGGGAGGGAGGCGCUGCCCUCCCGAGAGCCCCAGGGUUCCGGCCUCCCCCGCCGCCUGAGGCUCUGGGGGCCGCGGCCUCGUCGCCACCGUAGAACCCGGGGCCCGGGCCUGGCCUUCCCGCGGGCUCGGGAGCGGGAGGUCCGGGAGAGCGCGCCGGGCCCGGGAGCGGGAGGUGGGCGGGCUGCGCGGGACCGGAGCCGCGGUUCCCCGCUCGCCCCCUCGGCCCUUCCCCGGUCUGGUCCGCGGGCGGCGCGCCGGGCCGGGCCGGGGUGCGGGAGCCGCUGUCUCCUGCAGGAGAGGAGGCUGGCUCUUCGGGCGGCCGCCGAAGCUUCCCUCCCGCCGGGGUGGCGUGGGCUUGUUACCCAGUAGAUCUUCAUGGAGGAGCACGGAGUGACCCAAACCGAACACAUGGCUACCAUAGAAGCCCAUGCAGUCGCCCAGCAGGUACAGCAGGUCCAUGUGGCCACCUACACUGAGCAUAGUAUGCUGAGUGCUGAUGAAGACUCACCUUCUUCUCCUGAGGACACCUCUUACGAUGAUUCAGACAUACUCAACUCCACAGCGGCUGAUGAGGUAACAGCCCAUCUAGCUGCUGCAGGUCCUGUGGGAAUGGCUGCUGCCGCUGCUGUGGCGACAGGAAAGAAACGGAAACGGCCUCAUGUGUUUGAGUCUAAUCCGUCUAUCCGGAAGAGACAGCAAACACGCCUGCUUCGGAAACUUCGAGCUACAUUAGAUGAAUAUACUACUCGAGUGGGACAGCAAGCUAUUGUCCUCUGUAUCUCCCCCUCUAAACCCAACCCUGUCUUUAAAGUGUUCGGUGCAGCACCUUUGGAGAAUGUGGUGCGGAAGUACAAGAGCAUGAUCCUGGAAGACCUGGAGUCCGCCCUGGCAGAACACGCCCCCGCGCCACAGGAGGUUAACUCCGAGCUGCCACCUCUCACCAUCGAUGGAAUUCCGGUCUCUGUGGACAAAAUGACCCAGGCCCAGCUGCGGGCAUUUAUUCCAGAGAUGCUCAAGUACUCCACGGGUCGGGGAAAGCCAGGCUGGGGCAAAGAAAGCUGCAAGCCCAUCUGGUGGCCUGAAGAUAUCCCAUGGGCGAAUGUCCGGAGCGACGUCCGCACAGAAGAGCAAAAGCAGAGGGUUUCAUGGACCCAGGCACUACGGACCAUAGUUAAAAACUGUUAUAAACAGCAUGGGCGGGAGGACCUUUUGUAUGCUUUUGAAGAUCAGCAAACACAAACACAGGCCACAACUACACACAGUAUAGCCCAUCUUGUACCAUCACAGACCGUAGUCCAGACCUUUAGUAACCCUGAUGGCACUGUCUCACUUAUCCAGGUUGGUACAGGGGCAACAGUAGCCACAUUGGCUGAUGCUUCCGAAUUGCCAACCACAGUCACUGUUGCCCAAGUGAAUUAUUCUGCAGUGGCUGAUGGAGAGGGCUUGGGGCCCUUUCUCUGGGACAUGGUGACAUCCGGCAUAGAUAACCACACAGUGGCUCCCAACAGAUGGAAAGGGAGAGCAACAAGAGCUCAAGCAAAUACAACUAAAGCACUGAGACUGAAGAAUAGGAAAUUCCAAAGAAAUGUUAACACCCAAGUGGAACAAAAUUGGGCCACGUUACAGGGAGGUGAGAUGACCAUCCAGACAACGCAAGCAUCAGAGGCCACCCAGGCGGUGGCAUCAUUGGCAGAGGCCGCGGUGGCAGCUUCUCAGGAGAUGCAACAAGGAGCUACAGUCACCAUGGCGCUCAACAGUGAAGCCGCCGCCCAUGCUGUCGCCACACUGGCCGAGGCCACCUUGCAAGGCGGGGGACAGAUCGUCCUGUCUGGGGAAACCGCAGCAGCUGUCGGAGCACUUACUGGAGUCCAAGAUGCUAAUGGAGGACACAGGUGUCCGGGCUCUGCAGGGGGCCUUCUGCGUGGCUUCAUGAGUUUUGACUUGCCUCUGGUGACCAGAAGAGAGGACGAAAGCAAAGGACUGGUCCAGAUCCCCGUGAGCAUGUACCAGACUGUGGUAACCAGCCUCGCCCAGGGCAAUGGGCCGGUGCAGGUGGCCAUGGCCCCUGUUACCACCCGGAUAUCGGACAGCACAGUCACCAUGGACGGCCAGGCUGUGGAGGUGGUGACGUUGGAACAGUGACAUGCAGCCAUACCAUGGCAUCGUUUUCUAGUCUACUUCAAAAUUUUUUACACGUUUGCAGAGGUGCAAUCAAGUGGAAUUAAGUCUCUCGACUUCGGAAGAAAAGUUUUGUUAACCUUUUUUUUAAAAAGGAAGAAAGGCAGUGGGUUUUGGAAUUGCAUUUUUUAAAGCACCACUCUUGAUUUCUGGGAUUGGUGGAAUAAGAUACUGUGUUGUCAAUUUCACCAUCCCGAAAAAGCCAAAUUGUGGCAGGACUUCUUUCUGCAGAAACAUGUGUGUAUACUUACGUGUGUGUAUGUGUGAGUGUGAAUAUAUGUAUAUGUGUACAUAUGGAUAUACACAUUUACAUAUAUAUAAAGUAUAUAUAUGUAUGUAUGUAUGUAUGUAUGUAUAUGUAUAUAUAUACAUAUAUAUAUAUGUAUAUGAAACCCGCAUGGAAUUAUCUGUAUGAAAUCAAGGUGAGCUGUGGAAAAAAAAUAAUUCACCCAGUUUAGUGGGUGUAGGGUACGUGGCCAGACACAGUCACCCGGUUUUUGUUCAUACCAGGGUCAUGCGUUGAGCUACUGACAAACUCAGGCGGAGGUGACCAUGCCCUUCACCAAAGCUGCCUCCCAGUGGCCACCCAGAACUCUCCCUGCUGGACUCACCUGAGGAAGGAGGUUCCAGAAUGGGGUGGGGUCCAGAAAUUGUGUUUGCAAGGUCCAAGGGCCUCGUGGCCUGGCAGCUGAGAUGCUCCUUGGGCUGGCCCAGGUGCUGACCUUGCCACAGGCAGGUGAAUGUCCUUAAAGCUCCAGGCAGGGACAGGAGGGAUUUCUCCAGCCUCGCAUCUCCUCCCCUUCCCAGGAAGCCUUCUUGAUCUCAUGACUAUUAAAAUGUUGCUUUGGUUUUAAGGUCAGUCCUGAAUUGGUCAUGUAUAUGAACUGAAGGUAACAGAAGUAUUAAGGGUUUGAGGAGCACGUGCGCGUGAAGUGUGCUUGUGGGCGUGUGCUUGGAGGGGAGAGAGUGCGAGGGGGAGGGGAGGGGUUGGAAGGGGAAAGGAAGGAGGGAGAGAAAAAUCUUCAAAAACCAGGGCACACCAACGGGAGCAAUUUUUUUCCUUUCCAGUAACUUUCUGUAGCUUAACAGAGGAGACCGGAGGUGACAGGAGCCCCCACGUUGAGGAAGGUUGCUCUUCAUCCCGUGGGGCCUUGGAAGAGAAAGGGACCUGGGUGUUUCCAGCAGCCCUGAGGCAGGUCCUGUCUCAGAAGGGACGCUGCAGUUUUCCCAGGUGCGGCCCGCUGGGCCAGGUCCCCGCAGCUGCCUCCUCGAAGGUGUUGACCGGUCUGGGUGUUCUCAGUAACUGUUAAAUUCUGUGAUUUCUCAGCUGCAAGUCCUGAGUCUCCAGUGGCUAAAUUCACCUGACUUCUCGACAGGCCAAAUCUCUGCUCCUUGAGUACAGGGACAACUCUUCCCCUCCUCCCGGGCCCCCACGUGUGAUAGUGUAUUUAAUGUGUUUUUUUUAAUGCGACAUUAAAAGAUCCUUCACAUCUUGCUCAGCCUUUGAGAAAAGUUUCAGAUUCUUGUAUUUGCUUGUUUUAUAUAAAACUAUCUAAUGUUCUUUGUAUGUUUUUUUCUGUACGUAAUAGGGGGAGGGAAGGGAAAUUUACAUAUGAACAGUCCUAGUUCUACAACUUGUUAUUUUUUUAAUUAUUAUUUUUUAUCGUCAUUGUGAAGCUGUUCAGGGCUUUAAAGUCCGUGUUCCUUUGUGGUGAAAUAACCUCCUAAUAGUUUGAGAAAUUGCCAAGAAGAAGAAGAAGAAGAAGAAGAAAAGCAAAACCCAAGUAGCAGAGCAUGGAUUCUGUGUUGUUUUCCAUUCUGUCUAUUACUGCCUCAUUCAAUAAAUAGUUUAAAAUGUG